ACGUUGAUUUCCGUGCUGAGGGCGAGCGUUUCCGAUGGACCAUGAAGGCAUCACGACAGCUGAGCCAGGACCUGCGCCAAACUAUGAUCUGUCUUUUAUUUGAGUUUUUCGGUCAUGGCUAAACAGUACGACGUUUUGUUCAGGUUGCUCCUUCUCGGAGACUCCGGGGUUGGAAAGACCUGCAUGUUGCGCAGAUUCACGGAGGGAGAAUUUGACCCUUCACAUAUUUCCACCAUCGGAGUUGACUUUAAGAUGAAAACAUUAGAGAUCGAUGGGAUCAAGGUACGAGUGCAGAUCUGGGACACGGCCGGUCAGGAGCGGUACCACACCAUUACCAAACAGUACUUCAGACGUGCACAGGGUGUCGUAUUUGUGUAUGACAUCACAAAUGAGCCGUCCUUUCAGCACAUAGGGAAGUGGGCCGGGGAUGUGGAUGAAUUUGCUCCAGAAAAGGUGCAGUCGAUCCUGGUGGGAAAUAAAGCUGACGAGGAGCUCGGGAGACAAGUGACAACAGAUCAAGGAAGCAGGCUAGCAGACGCAUACGGCAUGGAGUUCUUUGAGACCAGCGCUUCUACCAGCAGCAACAUCAGUGAGUCAUUCACCCGUGUCACAGAACUGGUGCUGCAAGCUCACAAGAGAGAUGUGGCCAACCUGCUGGGGUCUCUGGAUGAGUAUCUGGACAUGGCCGCUCUGGAGGGAGAGAAGGGGAGUCGGGAUGAUGAAGAAGCUCAGAGGACGUGCACCUGUUAGAAUCACCAU